AUGCAAGUCAAAUUUAGUUUAAUCUUUCUUAUAACUUCAUUAGUCGCAACUAUUGCAAUGACUAUUCCCAUGCUUGAAAGAGCAGCCUCCGUCAAUUCAUCAGCUCCAAUCAAAAUCAUUGAUCCAGCAACUCCAUAUAAUACUACUAAUCCAACCGAAAAUGCUCCAGCAAUUCCAACUAGUGAAAAACAGCAAUGGAAGGAUAAAAUUUUAACCGCAAUAAAUGGAUUACAUAAUGUCGGUGAUACUGCAACAAUAGCUACAUAUAAAAAUUUUACCCUCGUUGCUAAAAAACUAGAGUCUGGUUUUACAGUAGUUAUUGAUGAUAGUAUUGAUCAUACUGAUAGUAUAUCUAAUUCUCUUUGUCAGAAAGUAGCAUAUGCGACACUUUAUAUAUCAGGUGCUGCAGUUGUAGGAGGGAUAGUAGCUGCAGGUGGUUCACUAACUAUAUUGGGAGUGACAAUACCAUAUGCGAUCUUGGCAGCCUUUUGGUCCGGAGCUGGUGGGGCUUUCCAAGUCUUUUGUACCAAUAUAGCAAAAUAUAUAUGUGAUCAUUUGUAA